CCUCUUCUCCGACAGAGAAAUUAAACACAAAAGAACUUGUUGCAAAAGACAGAAUUCCCUCUCCAUAAACUGUACUAUAAGGUUGAUUAAAGAUAUGGGAUUGCCAAGAUUCUCAUCGACUGAAUGUGAAAAUGCUUUCUCAAUUGAGUAUACUUCUUGGCUGAUGGAGCAUCCUUCUGCAUUGGAUAAAUUUGAAGAAAUGACGAGCAUAGCUAAAGGGAGAAAAAUAGUAAUUUUCCUGGAUUAUGAUGGCACCUUGUCUGAUAUUGUGCCCAACCCUGGAGAAGCUUUUAUGACUGAGAAGAUGAGAAUGGUGCUACGUGAAGUUGCUAAUCGCUUUCCUACAGCAAUCAUUAGUGGACGAGAACGAGAAAGGGUACAAGAUUUUGUACAACUGAAAAAUGUGUAUUAUGCUGGAAGUCAUGGGCUAGAUAUUGAAGCUCCCUUGGAUUCAACAAAUUUUGAUGAAAUGGAUAAUAAGGUUGUUCUCUACCAACCGGCAAAAGAAUUCUUGCCUGAAAAACGUAAGGUUCUUAAUAUCUUGAGUGAGAGAACCAAAGGUAUUAAAGGCGUAAAUAUUGAAGACAACAAAUUCUGCAUUUCUGUACACUUUAGGCAUGUUCACACAAAGGACCUUGGCACACUUGAGAAUGUCAUUGCAGUUGUGUUAGAAGAAUACCAAAACUUUCGUGUAUCAACUGGAAAGAAGGUGUUUGAGAUUCGACCAGAUAUUAUGUGGAACAAAGGUCACGCAUUGGAGUAUUUCUUAGAAAUUCUUGGUUUUGGAAAUUCAGAUGAUGUCCUCCCAAUAUAUAUUGGGGAUGAUCGAACUGAUGAAGACGCUUUCAGGGUAUUAAGGAAAAGAGGACAAGGUUUUUCAAUAGUUGUUUCUGCUGCUCCAAAAGACACCAAGGCUUUAUACUCUUUACGUGAACCAAAGGAAGUUAUGGAGUUUUUGUUAGGUCUAGUGAUUUGGAGCAAUAGUACUACUUCGUAGAUUUAAGUUAUUUACAUGUCUUCAACAUAAUAGUUAAGUGAUCAAGAGGUCAUAAUUCGAACAAAGUUCUCUAUAAGUCUUUUUUGCUAAAUGCUAUCAUGAAUGUGAUUUAUAAGUUGUGUUUGAUAAAUGCGUUUAACAAGUUGCAUUUUUUAAAAGUGUUACGUUCGACCAAUGCAAUUAUAAGUCACGUUUGACGAAGGCA